AGGAAGUAUUGUGGUUCAAGUGUAAACUUGCACUGAUGAAUGGGAACUUCCAUUAUGUGCAGGUCGUCAAAAGCUUUCAAGUACAUCACAUGUAAGUUAUAACACUAAGAAAGGACACAUUUAGAAGACAUUCAUGCGUCGUAUAUUUAUCGCGUGCACACCGUCAAAAGCCUUUGAGCUCAGAAUACUAGAAUAAUACGCAUAAUUCAGUACAGACUGAUUUACAUUUGAAGGUGGAUGUAAAGAGCAAAGAUUGUUGAAAUGGCUGUCGUGAUCACCAACGUAUUGAUUUUCUGCGCGGUCUUCGUCGCCGCUCUUGGAACGGAGAAGUACCAUGUGGCGCUCCCAACCCCCGUUCCAGCUGACUGUCUGAGGUGUAUCUGCAUCGUGGAAUCCAAAUGUAAGAUGCCCGCUCAUGUUUGCCAUAUGGACGUCGGCUCUCUAUCGUGUGGUCCAUACCAGAUAAAGGACGAUUACUGGAACGACGCCAGGAUGAAAGGCGGGGAUCUCAUGGGAUCUUGGAGAAAGUGCACAGCUGAUAUGGGAUGCAGCGGGGAGACGGUACAGGGCUACAUGGCUCGUUACGCUGUCUUCAGUCGCCUUGAACACCAACCAACUUGUGAGGAUUUUGCCCGCAUACACAACGGCGGUCCGAAUGGUUAUAAUAGGACCUCUACGUUGAAAUACUGGUCCAAAGUCGAGGAAUGCCUCAAUGGUCGCAAGUGGGACUUCAAUUAAAGUCCAGUAGAAAUAUUAAUGUUUCUUCUUACCUGAAUUAGGCUUACAUAGUGUGAAUGAUGCAUCCCUCAGUAACGUUACCCCUUUCUAAACCCUACUGAUAUACAUUUAAUACAAAAGUCCAUACACAAUUCCAAGAACGUGGCCCCCCUAUUGGUAAUGUUAUCCUUUUCUGAUUGUCAGAAAUUCAGGAGUAAAAAGGCAUCACAAUUGUGCUGGGGGUGUUAACAAAUUUUAAGGAAUAUUGCACCCCUCUUCUACAAAAUCCUAAUUCCACCCCUGCCCCCCCCCCCCCCUUAGUGGUAUUUAGGGUACGCGUAUGCAUGUUCCCUCCUUUUGAAAACACCUGUUAUUAAGUCCGGUGUGUAAAGUCAAUAGGGGCCGAUUUUUUGUGUGUGUUACGAGCCGGACUUUGCUGCGUGUAGUACCCCUUUAACGGACAUUUUGGGAACAUUUCUCUUGAAAAGUUGUUAGUACAAUUAUAUUUUUGUGGACCAACAGUUCUUAUCGAAAAUGAUGAAAAUGAUAUAAUAAAUAACACUAAAAAAUUACUGGGCUAUGCCGCCUUUUCUCGUGUCCUUUUAGGCCUAUUUCCCUGGCCAUACAAACGCAUCACUAUGGUAACAUUAUUGUAUCAAUGCCAUGUGUUAUUUUUGUCUUCAAUUUUAUAUAAAUAUAACUAUUAUGCACACGAUCGCAAACACUUUCUAGAAAUCCGUUCUAGGGCAAUUUCAAUACCCUCAGAAAUCAUGUCCGGCUUACACCAUUUCAAUGGUAGCACGAGUCAAAUUCUGAAGUAUACAAGGCUUUUGAAAUUGCCUUAGUUUUAUUUCGGAAGCCUUUGCGAGCGUAUUCUAUACAAACCACGUUAAGAUUAUAUCCCACUAUGUUAACUUACCUAAGGUUUUCUUCUUUGUACAAAUACAGAAACAGUCAUGUCAUUAUUUCGUAUGCCUAAUGUACCUUUAUUGGUAAUGCAUGAAACUUUCCCAUUAUUGUACAACUAUGUCUUUAAAAAAAAAAGAUAUGAAGUUCUGCGACGGAAAUGACCUUUUGAAAUUUACACAAGACGGAAUAAACAUAUCCGCUGACAAAACAUGUCAUUGAUUUAUUGGUUAAUCAUGUCUGGAAACAACUUGACAAGCUGGGACAGAAAGCUUGGUAGGUUAACUUUUCUGUCUCUGGCGUUCCAGUGGUUGUAUUAUCUUGGAUUGUCUUUUAUCUAUAAUUGCUCAAUUGUCUGUUUUCUGAUUUCUUACGUAUUUCCUUAAUUGUCAAAUAAAAUAAGAAAAUAAGAAAAGGUUUAUGCGUUAUAUCUGGUCUUUACUAAAAUCUGCCAACAGUGUUCUUAAAUUUUAUCGUUUUGCAGUUUACAACUUGAUUAUCUCAGCUUUAUAUUUCAUGGUUAACUUUUAUAUUGUUUUGUCACCACUGAUAUUUUAAAUGACUGAAUGAAUACCCCAAAACAUGUUUUUAUUAAUUAAAUGUUAUAUUGGUUGAUUGACAACUCGA